UAGAGUUAUGACUUGCUAUAGUAGGUCUGUAUAUUUAUUACAGUAGCCCAGAUUUCUAUUUGGGUCAAAAAUAUUUGGCACAUUUUACAGUGAAAUCAUUCUACCAAAUACGGUUUUACCUUUCGAACGUACGUACGUAGCUUUUAACUAUAGUGCAUGGUCAAAGUGUAUAGAUAUGGAAAUAUCAUUUUCUUUGUUGGGUUUUGUAGUAUUUUUAGUUUUCUCGUCUGCUUUGCCAGAAGGUUCCGCUAUAAGAUGUUACGAAUGUGUCGCAAGAUUACUUCCAGGAGAUUCCAGUCCGUGUCUGUACGGUGACGAAACUCAGAUGCGCAGAGUACAUUGUAUGGGACCUUCCGUUUGCGCAGCAUAUCACUAUCAAACCAUCAUUCCUGGCACGCCUCCUAUAAACCACAUAACCAGAGGAUGUCAGGCGUUGCGUUAUGGGGCAACUUGCGAGGACAUUUUUCAGCAGCUCAGAAGGCGCAACGAAAUUUUGCCCGGACAGCACACUUGCACCACUUGUAGCACGGACCUUUGCAAUUCUGGAAUUCAGUUAGGAAUGUCAUUAUUUGUAGUUGUUCCCUUUUUGUUAUUAGUUUUAUUUUAGUAUUAGUUCAUACAUACUUAAUAUUUACUGGUACAAAACUUUGAUAAUUAAAAUAUGUGUGUUCAAAAGAA